CUUUGCUCACCAUUCCAAUGAGAAAUCAAGCUCAGAUUUCUUUUAUCCAGGAUAUUGGAAGACUUCCUCUGAAGCGACACUUUGGAAGGUGUGAACAUCACAAAUGUUGUCAAAUGACGGAAGAUCCAGGAAUCAGGACAGGCACUACGAUGAGGUCCCAAGGGACUCAGGCUAUCAAGAUGGCACCAUAAGAACCUUCCAGACUCUUCAGGACAGUGAGCUGGCUGUGAGCGCUGAUCCGUUGCCACCACCCCCUCUCCCAUUACAGCCACCAUUCGGCCCAGAAUUCUACUCAGGUGACACAGAGGAACCGGCCAUAGCGCCAGACCUCAAGCCUGUAAGGCGCUUUGUCCCUGAGUCCUGGAAGAACUUCUUCAGAGGGAAGAGAAAGGACCCAGAGUGGGAUAAGCCGGUGUCAGACAUCAGAUACAUCUCCGAUGGAGUGGAGUGUUCACCUCCAGCCUCUCCCGCAAGACCAAACCACUGUUCACCCCCCAACUCCUGCGAAGAUCCUCAGGGUGGGUCAGAAGGCAGCUGUCGUUCCCGGAAAGAGGCCGAGGCGAUGUUUCCCCAUGAUCCCUACGGAUCCCUAGGCCGACGCACACACACAGCCCGAACCUACAGUGAGAAGGUGGAGGAGUAUCACCUGAGGUAUUCCUACAUGAAGUCAUGGGCAGGCCUGCUGCGGAUUCUGGGUGUGGUGGAGCUGCUUCUGGGGGCCGGCGUCUUCGCUUGUGUCACAGCGUACAUUCACAAGGACAGCGAGUGGUAUAACCUGUUCGGAUAUUCACAGCCCUAUGGCAUGGGAGGCGUUGGUGGCCUGGGCAAUAUGUAUGGGGGCUAUUACUAUAGUGGCCCCAAAACCCCUUUUGUGCUUGUGGUUGCUGGAUUGGCUUGGAUCACCACCAUUAUUAUUCUGGUGCUUGGCAUGUCCAUGUAUUAUCGGACCAUUCUUUUGGACUCAAAUUGGUGGCCCCUAACUGAAUUUGGAAUUAACGUCUCCUUGUUUAUCUUAUACAUGGCCGCAGCCAUAGUCUAUGUGAAUGAUACCAACCGAGGUGGACUCUGCUACUAUCCAUUAUUUAACACGCCAGUGAAUGCAGCAUUCUGCCGGGUGGAAGGAGGACAGAUAGCAGCGAUGAUCUUCCUCUUUGUCACCAUGAUUGUUUAUCUCAUUGGAGCUUUGGUUUGCCUAAAGUUAUGGAGGCACGAGGCGGCUCGGAGACAUAGGGAAUUCAUGGAGCAACAGGAGAUAAGUGAGCCAUCAUUGCCAUCGAAAAGGAAAAUGUGUGACAUGGCCACCGGUUGUGACAGACAGAGAGACCAAGAAGUUAAUUUUAAGGAACUGAGAACAACAAAAAUGAAACCUGAGCUACUGAGUGGACAUAUCCCCCCUGGCCACAUCCCGAAACCAAUCGUGAUGCCAGACUAUGUGGCGAAAUACCCUAUGAUUCAGACGGAUGAUGAACGAGAACGCUAUAAAGCUGUGUUCCAGGACCAGUUUUCAGAGUACAAAGAGCUCUCUGCAGAAGUUCAAGCCAUCUUGAAGAAGUUUGAUGAGCUGGAUGCAGUGAUGAGCAGAUUGCCGCAUCAUUCAGCAAACCAGCAGGAACAUGAGAGAAUUUCAAGAAUCCAUGAAGAGUUUAAGAAAAAAAGGAAUGAUCCUACAUUUCUGGAAAAAAAAGAACGCUGUGAUUAUCUGAAGAAUAAACUUUCUCACAUAAAGCAAAGGAUUCAAGAAUAUGAUAAAGUAAUGAAUUGGGAUGUACAGGGUUAGUCUUAAAACUUAUUUGAAACCACUUUUUUAUAUCAAGCUUCAUAUUUAUUUACUGUCUUUUUUUAUGCUCGUCUCUGUGAUAGAGAAGCAAUGCCUCCUGAAUCAGCUUGUAGUUGGUUUAGCUGGUAUGUCAAGUUAAAACAGUAUGUGAUUGCAUUUCAGACAUUUCAAAACAAAUUCAAAUUUACUAAGGGCCUUUAUUAAGAGUAGAAGAAAUUCUGGAUUCAUCUGUGUACAAUUUAUAUUUAUCUUGUUAAAAUUGAUUUAAGCAUUGUGUCCUUGUGGUGUGAUGAUCAAGUGGAGUAUCAAUUCUGGUGCUGCUUUUUCCUUUUUUACUUAGGCCAGUUCCUGGGAUUCUUUUAGGACAAACUUCUCUUCCUAGCCAAAGAUGUCAUUUCUGCCCUUGAAAGGGGUUUGAAUUCAACAUUUUGAAGCCUUAUGAUCUUGGGCAAGUUGCUUAAUCUGCCUUUGCCUAUUUCCUCAUCUGUAAAAUGGGGCUAAUCAUAGGACCUACCUCCUAGGGUUGUUAUGAGGAUUAAAUGAGUUAAUAUUCGUAAAGCACUUAGAACAGAGCCUGGCACAUUUGUAAGCACUGCAUUAGUGUUUGUGAACUAUAUAGACGUGUUUGUGGAAUGAAUAAACUACAUAGAAUAAGACUCAAGGAAAGGACCUUAACGAGCAAGUCCAGCCAGCUAACCCAAGGCCAUGGCCUCAUGACUUUCUUUUUUUGUGCUGUAAAUAAAUCUUAACGCACGUCACCUUAAGCAGAUGCUUCCCUGUGGCCCUGUGCCUUCUGGGGUCCAGUGCAGCCUUCUUACCUUUAAUCAGCAUCACUGUGCACAUCUCUCAACGUCCCCACAGCCCAGCCCUUCCUGUAAACCUGGAAUACAAGGAUUGUGUGAAAUUGUUGCCGUUUCUAUCCUGUUUAGAUGUCCAUCCUAAGGCCCCAUGAUGUUGCAUCUGCUUAGACUCUCUCUUUGAUUUAUUGGAAUGCUUCAUUGUCCCAAGAAUUAUCUUGGCUUUGAGGCUUUAUUCAUGAGAAAUGUUUUAUUUUUAUUAAUGUGAACAAGAGACUGCUUUAAAAAUGUUUUUAAAAAUCAUUGUUGGGCUUCCCUGGUGGCGCAGUGGUGGAGAGUCCGCCUGCCGAUGCAGGGGACACGGGUUCGUGCCCCGGUCUGGGAAGAUCCCACAUGCCGCGGAGCGGCUGGGCCCGUGAGCCAUGGCCGCUGAGCCUGCGCGUCCGGAUCCUGUGCUCCACAACGGGAGAGGCCACAACGGUGAGAGGCCCGCGUCCCACAGAAAAAAAAAAAACAAACAUUGUUACUGGUUCCUAUUCAGCAGCAUCUAUCUUGUAGAUAAUUUCCCAGGUGUAGAAAUACAAUUUCUGCUUCAUAUAGUUGCCAUUCAAACAAUUAAUACUGGAGGAAUUUUCUAAGUGAUGAAACCAAAGAAAAGAAUGUGGAAAAGCAAAGGCUUACAAAGUAUUGGUUACUGAAUAAACUUCCUAAUUCUUCUUUGUCAAUGAUAUCUUAUUUAGUGUAUAUUGUUACUGUUUUCAAUCCAUGGUUCUCAGACUAUGCUUAGGGUGCUAAGAGUCUUAAGAGGUGAUACCGAGGAAGGUGUGAGGCUAGCCUCCCUCUGGACCACCCCCCCCAAACUAGAACAGCUACACUUUCUGUUUUACAUAUUGGGACCCCAUGUUAACAUUUCACUUAAGAAGAGUACCCAUGCUUUAAAAAAAAAAGAAAGUUGAAAUAAUACCAUUUUGAUGAACUGUAAAGAGAUUAAUAUUGAAAUGAAGUGUUCAGGAAAUUUGACUUUGUGAAACUUUAUUUUACUACAGUUGUAAAUGUUAAUCUUUGAAAACCUAUGUUGUAAUGCUGAUUUUUACAGUUUUUAUGUGAAUACCUAGGCAUAUUAAAAUUUCAGUCACCUGUUGUUUUGUGUGUGUCCUUUAUUGUUUACUUUUCUAGCGUUCCUGAGUUGACUGGGCAUAUUCUCCAUUAUCAGAAAAUAAACUGGAAAGUCAUUGAAAACUUGUAGAUCAUGAUGCUCAGGUGACUAUUUCCUCCUCCCCCAUUAUAUGCAAGAAUUCAAAGUCAAGGCCACUGUUGGUUUCUUCGGUCUGCCUGCUGUAACCAAGUACCACAAGCUUAAAACAACAGAAAUGUAUUGUCUCACAGUUCUGCAGGCUCGAAGUCUGAAAUCAAGGUGUCAGCAGGGCUAACCUCCCUUGAAGCCUGUAGGGGAAUCCUUCCCAGCUUCUGGUGGUUUGGGCUGUCAGUCUUUGACAUUCCUUGGCUUGUAUACAUAUAGCCCCAAUCCUCCAUCUUCACGUGGCCU